AUGAUUAAGGGACCUCAUGAAUCUGGGUUAUUAGGAGGAAUUGAAGACUGCACAUUACGUGUUGGCAAUAUUCAUGAAGCUUUAAUAACUAGGGACAGGCAUUUGAAGGGUUGGGUAGGGGACAAUCAUGGGAUGCAGAGAGGGAAUGAUCCCGGCGGUGAAGAAGAUGGCGAUGGAGUCUUUACCACUUUCUUGAAAGCUCGCCUCAGCUGUGCAACGGGUGGUGAAUUUCAGAUGCCAUUCAAUUAUCUUCGUGGAAUCUUCAGAUCAAAACAAGAUCCAAACAUCAUUUUUGGUGCCUUUACAACACCAGAAUCUGGCUUUGCUGCAUCAGCCAUUUGUGCCUAUCAUCUUGCAGAGAUAGAGGCUCUAUUUACUGCGUCACCUUUCAAAGGCCAGAAGACAGGCAGUUCAUUCUGGCUCAAUGUACCCUCCAAUGAUGUCCCAGAGCCAAGACCAGGCCAGUGCUCCGCUACACAACCUUUUGACAGCUACGAUAAAUUCCAACUCAUGUCCGAGCUGGUUCCUAACAAAGCAGAUUAUACGGCAACUGCUCGUACUGACCUGGCGGCUAUGCAGACCAGCCCUCCCCUCCUACUCCUUCAGCUGUACCGAUUUCAACAACUGGCCGUCCAAGAAAGGGAUGUGUCGGGACUGGCUUACGAUAUUUUCUUCCUUGGUACAAGUGACGGACAGAUUUUAAAAGCAUACAUCUACAAUGGAAAGGCAAGGAUAGUUGACGAGAUUCUACUAAGUCUGGAAAGUGAUGUCGCUGAGGCCAUUAACGUCAUGAAAAUCGAUAGCCAAGGCUCAAGAAUAUUUGCCAGCACGUCAUCGAGGGUGUACAGUGUUCCAACCGAGAAUUGUCAGCGUUUUAAAACGUGUUCUGACUGUGUUUCAGGACUAGACCCAGCAUGCUCGUGGGAACUAUCCGGUGAUCAAGGAUGUAUAGCCUCUCAAGAUGGAAUAAUGGAUCUAGCAAAUGGAGAUCCUGCCGCAUGUCCUGUAGCAUCAUCAACCCCGACGAUUCAGACCAACCCGGCCACGCCGGCCAGCGAGACCACCGAUCAGACGCCAUCCUCGCCAAGGAUGACCACGGGCUCCGAUGGAAAAACGCCCGACUCCGAGUUACAAACCGGUACAUACAAUUCUACAGAGAGCAUGGGCACCUAUCCCCCAUCUCCUCCAAACUUCACCACCACCACCACUACCAAUUCCAUCCGAUUAACAGCCCGUACAACUCCACCACCAACAACUCCGCAAACAACCACCGAGUACAAUCCCUUCAACUCCACACUCCAGUCGCCGAAUAGCGGCCAGCAACAAGUUUGUAUGUCAAGAUUCCUCUUUGUUCUCUUUCUUUCUUUAUUUUGAAGGAAUAAUACAGAAUUAAUCUUUUCAUAGGGAAGUUUCUUGUAUGGCAAUUUCAAAUCAUGAAUUGCGCAAAAUAGAACUAAAAUCAUCUCUUUCAAUUUCAUUUUAAUUCAAAUGUUGAUUUCUGACUUUGAAAGGAGGAAAAAAUUCUCCUUUCCUUCUCAUUGAAUAUCAAAUCCAAUGCUUUUCAACCUUCAAGAGGUAAGGAUUUGCUGAUUUUCAAUCAAUUUCUUGUACUCAAAAUGCCUGAUGUUGGGUGAUUUCAAUUUGGGAUGUCUGUUUAUGAUUUGAAUAACAGCUUACAAGAAGCAACCCUGGUGCAAAUGUUGUCAUCAUUUCAAGAAUUUCAAUUUUAUAUGAUUUUGUGUCAAUACCAAUUUUUUUUAUUUUUUAUUAUUGUCUGACUCUCAUCCCAUUCAAUACCAAGCAAUACAUCCAUCUCAAAACCUCCGGCUUCUCUAAUUACGCUUCUGCGAUUUGUAUCAAACAACACACCACGCCCCAGCUUAACACCCACCCCUGACGUUAUCUCUAUCAUGGCAAGCGUGUAUUCCACUUGGCUUUUACUUCUCUUAAGCUCUCAGUUUCUACGAGGUUCAACUGUUCUUCCUAUGCCCAAUUCACGUCUCCCGUUAUGAAAACCGUUAACCCGUUGACUGCUGAAUUCUUUAAUUCCCAUACGCUCUGUACAGGGGCCACCUGGUUCCUGCAGGCAACUGGAUAAUAUACACACAUUAAUUAAGCACAUAUGCCCCCAACAUUUCAAAUCAGUUGACUUGCUAAUUUUUAGUGGCAGAAGCUGCUUUCUCAUUACUUAGUAAAUUUAAGAUUUACAUUUCAAAAUCUAACAACCAAUGUCUUUAUAGAGAAAUCAUGAAGCACUAGUCAUCUUAUUCAUAAAAUAUAGAAUGUUCUCUAUAUUUGCAAUGCUGCUACCAAUCACAGAAAUUUAACAUAGACACAAUGCUUAUUUAACAACAUAAGGUUCCAUUGCAUGUUUCACAAAAAAAAAAAGAGCUGGGUCUAAAAAAAAUGAUAUUAUUAUAUUGUAGAAGAUAUCUUAAUGAAUUUAUUUGAUAGAUGAAAACAGGGAUUGAAAAACAUGGAAGAUGUGCUAUAUUAGACAAAUGACUCUGUGUGCCCAGAGCAAAAUCUACACCAUCCUUUAGAAUAGUAUAUCCUGCUUCAUGCUUGAAAGCGUGUCCUUAAAAUUACUUGUUGAUAAGGUUGAAAUACAGUGUAAUAAAAUCAAACUUAUGAAGUCAAAUGAAAGAAUCGUUGGGGGGGGGGGGUCAAAAACUGCAUUGUUUGAACGUUUCCUUUUCCUCUUUUGAGCAAAUCAUUUUUUAUGUCGACUAUUCCUUUUUGUGAUUGAUUUAGGGUGCAAUGGUCUGCCUAAAGAAAAAAAAUGUAUAUCAUGCUUCAAGUGAUCAAAGAAAUCACCGGGAUUUCACAUGUUACAUUUAUAUCAGAAUGAAGCCAUACCCCUAAUAGAAAGAGACAAACUUGUGGGAAUUAUCUGUAAUAUGAUUUAAUUGAGCUUUAAACUGUUGGCUGUGUUACAAGGAAUCCUUAUCACACCAACACAAUCCCGCUCACAAUAGUUUUAAACUUGCAGAAGUCCUUUGAUAAUUUGUUAAAAGGUACAUGUACAUGCAUCAUUUCUUCCUCUUCCAAGUAGCGUUUUCUUGCUGUGCUUUUAGUAGUAUAGUUAUUAAAACUUUGCCGUGGAUGUAAAUCUAAAUGUAAUUUCCUUUCGUGCUUCAAAGACAGUCUGCCCUUUGUCACACAUAAUCUUCAGUUUUGGUUUCAGUAAGAUAUUUUGAAUUUGAUAUCUAUAAUGACCCUGAACUACUUAAGAAGAAAUAGUAUUGAUACCACUGAGAGUGGAAAUGAGCAAUCACAAGUGACCCAAACAAUUAUAAAGUGAAUUGCUUUUGAUAUUUUAUGAAAAUGAUAGUAAUACUGAGCAUAACUGAGUAUGCCACAGCUUUUCAACAAAAUAUAUUUAGCUGUUCUGGCGGUGAGCCUUUUUUUAUUUUUUUUUUAUUAAUCAUUAAAAAUUACAAAGACUAUAGCAUCAAGAUGGAUAGCUGAAAGAGUGGGGGGGGGGUUGGGGUAGGAUAUUAUAGCGAAAAUACAAACUUACAAAUUGACACCUUUAGUUAGCCCUGAAAUUCUUGUACGGAAGUUGCAAUGCUUAGUAUUUUUUUAAUAUGAGAUGUUAUGCAAUUUCACUUUGGGGAUGACUGUGGAAAUAUACCAUGUCGCUUGUAUUAUUAGACCCUUCCCCCCAGUUUUCAGAAAUUCAUAACUUCUAUUAUUGCCUCUUAAAUAAAUCUUUUUUAAAUGAAAAGCUG